AUGUCCGAAAAUCCACUUUCCUCGCAAGAUGAAAAAGGAAAAGAACUACGCGUGCCUGAUAACAAUUUUAACAUUUUGAUGGAGGUGCAGAAUGUUGAAAUUGAUAAUGUGAAACCGGAAAUGUUGCGAGCACAUUUAAUGCUUUUAACUAAAUUUAAAGCAUUGGAACAAGCAGAUGAACAGAUUGAU